CUCAAAUUUUAGAGGGAGCAAAAAAAAACAGAAAAAAAAAAAAAAGAGAGAGAGAAUCUGCUUCGACACUCCGCACGACGCAGCCUCCGCUAUCGCCUCAGGCUCAGGUCACCGUGACAGGGUCUUCUGUAGCAAUGAUCAAUCAAUCACUGCUACUAAAGUUGAUUCCUCAUCCUGAAAUCAAGAAAGGGGACACUCUCCUGAGGAUCUCAUUUCUUACUUGCUUCAUGCACUGAAGAUUGGCAACUACAAAAAUGGCUUUGGUUGAUGUGAUCAAAUGUUGCCUUGAUUCUGUCAGACAAAUAUCAGAGCAUGUUGAAGGUUCCAUUAUAUACCUAGAUGCUGGAUGUACCGAAAGUUUCCAAUUAAUUGGGGCGUUCCCUUUGUUACUUGAACUUGGAGUACGUGCUGUUUGCAGCUUGGAAAACAUGUCUUCUUUUGAUACGGUCAUUGAUUGGAAUUCAAAAUUUGAUCCAGCUAGGAAGAUUGUGGUCAUUACAUCAUGUUUUCUAAGUGAUGCCCACCGGUAUAUAUUACGUUGCCUGAGUACGCAUCAAAGUGUUUUCCGUUGCAUUAUAUUUACGUCUAUCUCUGAGGCAGCUCACUCAGCAUAUCCUGAUUCGCCUUUAGGACCAGAUGCUUUUCAUGAAUAUGAAUCCUUGCUUGUCCAAGAUUAUGAGGAGCUCUUGAAGAGAGGUGAUAUGAGAUCUAGACAGUCCGGAGAAAGCCACUUUGAGGAAAAUUUGACCCUGGAAGGUGAAGGAUGGUCACGACUCACUUCUAGUGAAGAAGACAUGUCUCGUUUUAAAGCUAAUUCAAGUGCAGUAGAUUCUUACGAAGAUGAUACCGUAAGCCAUGCAGAAGAUAUAGGACAAAAAUUGGUUGUUUCUGUCCAUCACUUCCCUUUGAUUUUGUGUCCCUUUUCACCAAAAGUGUUUGUAUUACCUUCAGAGGGAUCAGUUGCUGGGGCAUACUUAUCAGCUCUACAAGAGGAUUCCCUUAGCCCUGGGUUGCCUCCGUUAAGUACUGGAUUGCCUUCAGAUGGUGAUGACAUUGUUCCUGGGGCGAUUCUCACAGCACAGUUUCUGUAUCAUCUGGCUGCGAAGAUGGAUCUGAAAAUGGAAAUAUUUUCCCUUGGUGAUAUAUCAAAAAGUGUUGGGAAGCUUUUGACAGACAUGUCAAGUCUUUAUGACGUAGGUCGUCGUAAACGAUCAGCAGGGCUCUUACUUAUUGACCGUACGCUUGAUCUUCUUACUCCAUGCUUCCAUGGAGACUCGCUUGUGGACCGUAUGUUUUCAUCUCUUCCCCGUAGGGAACGAACAUCCUCUACCCACAUGAAAGGUUCACAAACUGAAAUUAAACAUGGCCCUGCUGGCCUACAACGUACUCCUCUUGAUGUCAAAAUACCACUUGCAGAACUUCUCCAUGAAGAACAUUCUCCUGCAGAGAAUUUUGGGCUCCUAGAAAGCAUUGAAGCUUUUCUACAUGGGUGGAAUUAUCACGACUCAUCUAAACGUUUGGAGUUGACUAAUCUAAGUACCAAACUUCAGGGUGAAAAAUCACUUCAUUCUGAGAGUGAGAUAUUUAGUGGAUCCUUUAUCUCUGCUGAACAUUUUCAUGGAACACCAUACCUGGAAGCCAUACUAGAUCGAAGAACAAAAGAUGGUGCUAUACUGGUAAAGAAGUGGCUCCAAGAAACUUUGCGUCGGGAAAAUAUAAACGUGAAUGUGAAAAUGCGUCCUGGUUUUGUUACAAAAUCAGAGUUGCAAACUAUGAUUAAAGCGCUGGCUAAAAGCCAGUCAACUUUACUGAAAAAUAAAGGAAUUAUUCAGCUUGCAGCAGCUACAUGUCAUGCCCUGGACGAAUUACAUUCUGCCAGAUGGGAUGCAUUUAUCAGUGCUGAGAAAAUAUUGAAUGUAAGCGCUGAAGACACUAGCCAAAGCCUUGCUGCUCAAAUCAGUGAUGUUGUAAACAAAAGUUCUUUGAUAGGAUCACAAGCACAUAGUAAUGUAAAAAUGGAAGCCUCAGAGGUGCUACUUUCUUUUCAAGAUGCUUUACUCCUUACUGUUACUGGGUAUAUAUUGGCGGGUGAGAAUUUUCCGACAUCUGGGUCUGGGGGGCCUUUUUCUUGGCAAGAGGAGCAUUUCUUGAAAGAAGCUAUUGUGGAUGCAAUUCUUGAAAAUCCAGCAGCUGCAAAAAUGAAGUUUCUCCAUGGUCUAGCAGAAGAGCUAGAAGCCAACUUAAGCAAGAUGAAAUCAGAGGAAGCGAAGGAAGAGCCUUUGAAUCAAUUAGAAACCAAUGAUUUUGACGAUGAUCAGUGGGGUAAUUGGGGUGAUGAAGAUGUUGAUAAACAUACUGAUAAACAGCAAGUGUAUGACAAUAUGCAGCUGAAGCUGGAGUUGCGUGAUAGGGUGGAUAACCUUUUCAAAUUUCUUCACAAGUUGUCCAAUUUAAAGAAGAGGAAUAUACCGCUGAGAGAAGGAACAUUGGUGGUCGAAAGUAACUUUAAUAGUGAUUCGUACCCAAGUAAAGGAUUGCUUUACAAACUUCUGACAAAAAUUUUGCGGAAGUAUGAUGUACCUGGUUUGGAGUACCAUUCCUCUACUGUGGGUCGAAUUUUUAAAAGCGGGUUUGGGAGAUUUGGCCUAGGACAGGCAAAACCAAGUCUUGCCGAUUAUGAUGUUAUUCUGGUCUUUGUUGUUGGUGGCAUCAACAGCGUUGAGGUACGUGAAGCUCAGGAGGCAUUAUCUGAAAGUGGGAGACCUGAUAUAGAAUUGAUUCUUGGUGGAACAACUCUUCUGAGUCCUAACGACAUGUUUGAUUUACUCUUGGGGAACUCUAGUUUUAUUUAGGUCAGCCAAAUUUUAUUUUAUUUUUUAAUGGAAAUCACUGAAGAGAAAAAAAUACAAUUUGGAAAAGCCAAAUUUCUUGCAAUAUAUGUCUUAAGUUCUAAACUUGUUUUGAUCAGAGUUAGUUUGUUGUCAUUUAGAGGCCCUCUUGAAGGACGAAAAGGAAAGUCUCUUUGAUAGAUGUAUCUCAUGGGUGGUCUAGCCUAUCUCAUACAAAAAUGGAAAUUGAAUUAUGUUAAA